CCGAAUGGUGGAACUUCCGACGAAGGCGGGCCAGUAGUCGCGACUCGCGUCCUCGCGCACGUGUUCGUCGUGUGAUCUUCAAGACAACAAUAAAAUAAUUAUUGUCCAACAUUUUCUCAACUCCCGAUACACAACACACCGAUAAUGGGUAAGCCUGGAUUCUCACCAGGAGGUGGCGGAUUUAGAGGGGGUCGUGGAGGAGGAGGAGGAGGAGGUCGUGGAGGUUUUCGUGGAGGUCGAGGAGGUGGUGGAGAUCGUGGAGGAUUUCGAGGGGGUCGUGGGGGUGGUGGUGGGAGAGGUACGCCGAGGGGUCGCGGUGGUGGCCGAGGGGGUGGACGUGGUGGUCGUGGGGGUGGAGGUGGUUUCAAGGGUGGAAAAACAGUGGUGAUCGAACCCCAUCGUCAUGAGGGAGUCUUCAUUGCCAGGGGCAAGGAGGAUGCUCUGGUAACUCGCAAUUUAGUACCUGGAUCAGAGGUUUAUGGUGAGAAGAGGAUCAGCGUUGAUGGGGAGAAUGGUGAUAAAAUUGAGUACAGAGUUUGGAAUCCAUUCAGAUCAAAAUUAGCAGCUGCUAUUCUCGGUGGUGUCGAUCAAAUUCACAUGCCACCUGGUAGCAAAGUACUCUACCUUGGUGCUGCCUCUGGCACAACUGUUUCACAUGUGGCUGAUGUUGUUGGACCGGAGGGGCUUGUUUAUGCUGUGGAAUUCUCCCACAGGUCUGGAAGGGAUCUCAUAAAUGUUGCGAAAAAACGAACGAAUAUUAUUCCAAUAAUCGAGGAUGCUAGACAUCCUCACAAGUACAGAAUGCUCGUUGGAAUGGUGGACACGGUAUUUGCUGAUGUCGCACAACCAGAUCAAGCUAGAAUAGUUUCCCUCAACUCACAAUAUUUUCUCAAGAAUGGAGGACACUUCGUUAUUUCUAUUAAGGCAAGUUGUAUAGACUCCACUGCCCAACCUGAGGCGGUAUUCGCAUCGGAAGUGAAGAAACUUGUUGCUGAUAAAUUGAAACCACAGGAGCAAAUAACCCUGGAGCCAUAUGAGAGAGAUCACGCUGUCGUCGUUGGUGUUUUUAGGCCACCAGCCAAGAUUACGUCGUAAUUAUAAGUGUAUAGUGUUUAGUUCUCCUUAAAAUUAAUAAAACAAUAUUUUUCCCUCCUCCAACGAUUGAAUAAUUAU